AUUUUCAGAACUCUACUUUCAACAUAUUGAGAGAAGCUGAGAGCCCUGGAGCCACCAAGAACAAAUAGCAAAAUACCCCCAAUGAUAAACACUCUUUGGCUGUAAUGUCAUGGCCUCAAGACAACGCGCUUCAUGGGUCUAGUGGGUGGCAGAGGAAGCCUGUAUGCUGUCAGUGGCGACGCGGCUGUGUGGAGGAGGAGCUCUCUGUUCUUGCGCUGGUUGAGUCGGUGGCCACCAGGGGGCAGGAAAGCUCAUUGCUAGCCCAGACUUCAUACAAGUCGCUCCGGCAAGGAUCUACCUUCAGUUAUAUUGCGAAUGUGUGCAAAUGGAGUGAAUUAUCUAGGCGAUUCUUCUUGGAAAGAGCGAGGAUGCUGGAAGGGGACGAUGAACCCAAGAGGGCUUCAGGCGAAACUGAGGAAGAAUCAAGUGUUGCUGAGGCUCAGCCAGACAGUAUUGAAGACCCAGCAGUAAAGAAGAAAGAGGAAGAAGAGGAGAAGGAUCUGCUGGGGCUUGAAACUGAAAGAGAUCAAAAUCAGGAGGAAGCAAAGAAAGAGAAGCCACCAGAAGAGAAAACAGAUGAAGAGAAUUCACCAGAGACCAUUGAUAAAGAUGACCAAGAAAUAGUACAGACUGAAAAAGAUACAGAGAAACAAGAAGAGGAAGCCCAAGAGAUAGAGGAGGAUGAGAAAAGUGGUGAGGAACAGCAAAUAGAAAUUGAAGAAGAUAGAGAGGAAGAACUAGAGAAAGAAAGCACUGAAGAAGAGAAGGAAGACCUGCCACCACAGGCAAAAGGUGAAAAGGACAAUACAAAACAGGAACAGGAGAAAAUUGAUAAAGAGGAGGAUAUCACAGAAGACAUCACAGAUAAGAUUGAGAAAAGUUUGGAUACUGAACAAGAGUCCCAGAUAGACUUACUGAGCAAAAAGGAAAACAUUCAUGAAAGUGAUACAAAGGAGCAGCAAGAAAGACCUGUAUCAAAUAAUAAUUUGAAGGAACAGUCUGAAGAGUGUCCUGUGGAGGAUGUUGAUAUGGCUGAACAGAUGGUGGAGAAAGAGGGACAGAAGAUGGAGAGUAUAAAUCCCAUGGACCAGGAUACUGAGACAUUGAAUGAGACUUCAGAGUUAGAUGUUCAGAAAGAAAAUUCAAUAAAAGAAGAGAAUAUUCUUGUAAAAUCUAUGAAAGAAGACAAAGAGGCUGAGUGUGAAGAACCAGAAGCCUCACCUGAUGAUACAGAGACAGUGAUGGGUGAGUCUGAUGCAUUGGCUAAUACAGAAGAGGAAAAGGUCAAAGAAGUAAGUGAAACUGUUUAUACAGAUGACAACAAGGACAAGAUGCAGAUUGACCUGGAAGUAGAGGACCCCUCAAAGAAGGAGAGUGAAGCUUUGCAAGAAAGUAGCAAAGAGGGAGAUGCAGUUAUAGAAAUUAAUGAUACUGAGCAAAGUGAAACAAAAGAAGAAAUAGAUAAUGAAACACUUGUUGGAAAGGACAGUGCCUCUCCAAACCAUGAUGCUGAUUCAGACAUAGAUGUGGAAGCAUUGGGAGAAGAAAAGACUGAUCAUGUCAAGAAAACAGAGGAGGAGGAUUCAAAUGUAGAAGGGAUUCAUAAUGAAACAAAUUAUGAUGAGCUUGAUGAAUCUGAUGAAAGUUUAGAACUAAAAAUCUGUAUUGAAGGCAUUACAGAUGUAGAAGGAACUAUUCAUGAUGAAAACAAUGAUGAUGAUGCAGGCAUUGAGGCAGUGAAUGAAGAAAUUGAAAGUGAAAACCAGGAGAGUGAAGAAAUGCCACUAUGUGAAGAAGCAAUGGAAGUUGAGGAAACCAUAGAAGAAGGUGGAAAUGAAGAUGACAUAGAAGGUGAUGAAGUUAAUGGACUUGACAUUAUUGAAGAUGAUGAGGAUAUGAAUGAUGAAGAGUUCACACCUGAAGAUACAACAAUUGGUUCUUUCUCAGAUGAGAAAUCCCUUCCUGAGUGUCGCUUGAAACGCAAUUAUUGUUGCAGCUACUGUGGUAUAAACACUCAGAAUCCACGACAGUACUUGUACCAUCUUAGGGACGAUCAUGGAGAGAAGAUGAAGGUCUUUGAGUGUCCUCGUUGCAUCUAUGCCUCUAAAAACCACCAGAAGCUUAUUCGUCAUGCUAGAAUGGUGCACAAAAUGAAGAUCAAGAAGCAGGAGCCCAGUCCAUUCAAGCCAUCAAAGAUGCCAGUGCUUAGUGGAGCACAUAACAAAUUCACAAGAGCUAGUGUUUCUCCUGGAAAAUCAAGCCGAAGUAGUCCAGGCAAGUCUCCAAGAAGUAAUGACUCAACUCAUGAUUACUGGGAUGAAAUGGAGGAUGAGGAUGAUCAAGACACUGACCAAGAUGGAUCACCCAUCAAGGGUGACGAUAAGAAACUUUACAAUUGUCAGCAGUGUGAUUUUUCUUGUAGGAGUCGUAAGUUGUUGAACAGACAUGAAACAUCGUAUCACCUGAAGCGCAGGUUCUUCCGUUGUGUCAAGUGCAACUACGUGACCCAUCUCAAGGGCCGCUACACCAAGCACCUGAAGUACCACCAGCUGCCAAUCCUCAAGUGUGAUUUCUGUGACUUCAGGACCCCAUACAGGUGGAACUUAGAUCGCCACCUGAAGAACCACAAUGAGGCAUGUGGGGAGUUCAGGUGUCACUUGUGUAAUUUUACUGCCCAAAUCAAGCAAAGUCUAACAGUGCACAUAUCAAACCAUCACCUCACCACAGAGCAGAUCCGUGAGAGGGAAAAGAGGCGAACGAUUGGCAUAAGCGACCCUGCUGACUUUGCCUUCGAUGACCAAGAGAUGGAACUAAUGAGACUUGAGAGAGAUGAACACCCUGAUGCCCUCAUGCUACCAGGGGAUGAUCCAGAUUGCCUGUCAAUCUCUGAGAACUCGCAUGGACAGCAAAGUCGCAACAACAGCUUCCGUGUGUCAAAUAUCGAUGUGAGUGGCCAGGAUGAUUCCCAGAUUAAUACAGAUGAUGGCAAGGAUGAAGAUGGAGAGCUAAAAAAGAAAAAACCAAAGAUAAAAAUCACUCUUAAGAAGUUGAAAGUUUCCAAGCCCAAGGACACAUUCUUCCAAGAACUUAAUGAGCGCCACAACUUUGAGGAAGAUUUCAUUCACCCUGAUGAUGUGGUUCAUCGUCACGGUAACGUUUAUAUCAAGACGUUUAAGUGUCGCUUCUGCACCUUCAAGGCAGCUUUCAAGAACGAAGUUGCCCGUCAUGAAAAAAAGAUUCAUUCCAUCCCCAUCCCCAAGUACAUGGGUCACUCAAAGAAAGCAAGGAAAACUUUUAAGUCAACAAAAACCAUAUCUUCCAGUGAUGAUGUGCUUUCUGAGAUCCUUCAGUUUCCCCAGUCGGAAGACAAAGAUGAGCUUGAAAGUAUGGCAGUUGCAAAUAACAAUCAGAAGCUGAGCGAAGCAGAAGAACCUUUGCCUGAUGGAAAAGAUGAUGAAAGCUCCAGUAAAGAUAAAGAUGAUGAAGAUCUUGAGAAUAUUGUUGAAGACCAAGAAGAUUCACUGGAUGCUAUGGAUGAUCAGUUAUCAGAUUCUAGAGAAUCUUCUCCUUCAAAGGACCAAUCAAAGAAGAAAAAUAUGUCUUUCUUUGAAAAGCUUCAAGAGAAAAUGCCAACAUCAAAUGUGCAAAAUUUAGUGUGCCAGUUCUGUGGUCACGAAUCAAAAUGUCUUUCAGAGAGUGUCCGUCACCAAAAGCUUCAUCUGAGUGCAAAGAAUAUCUAUGCUUCUGCCUCACUGUCAACAAGGUGCCAGUUCUGUCGACACAGGUGCAAGACUACUGAUGAUUUGAUGAACCACUUGAAGCUAUGCCCAGAGGCUCGUAAGAACCAAAUAACAGACUCAGGAAGGAGAGCCAGUGGUGGCCGUCUGGAUGAGAAUGAAGACUCCCUGUGUAGUAGUGAGAAAGGGGAAAAUGCAGAAUAUGAAAAUGAUAGUGUGAAGGAUAAAUCUCCUGUCUUGUUAGAUGAAUCAAUGCUAAAGAGGGAAGACAUGAAUCAUCCCAUGGAAAACAGAGUGUUUGUAUGGAAUAAGUUUGAUAAGACAGAAGAGCAGAAUUCACAAGAUAAAGACAAAUCCUCAGUAGAUGGUAAGAAGAUUGAGAAGGGAAGCAGGAGAAGCUCCUCAGAUAGCAACAAAAGGAAAGCUUCAGGCUCCAAGAGUCCAGUGGAUAUGGAAGAGUCUCUGGAUUACUACAUUGAGAGUCCCACACCCCAAGGCCACCAUUACUACAGUAAGAGAGUCUACAGAUGUCCUCAGUGUAGCUUCUGGGCAACUACAGCCUCAAGAUUUCAUGUGCAUAUUGUCGGUCACUUUAAUAGAAAACCCUACAACUGUUCAGAGUGUGGCUACAAGUCCAACUGGAGGUGGGACAUCACAAAACACAUCAAGCUCAAAACUUCCCGUGAUAGUAGCCACCAGAAUGCUCAGGUUUUGAUAACUGAUGAAACAGGAGAAAAGAAUUAUGAAAAGUAUGACUGCUACCUAGCCAUCAUCCAGCUUGACGAGACUAAUGCCCACCGCACAGAAGGGGGAAUCCCUAACAGAAAGGGUCGCCCCAAGCGCUCAACUGAUAAGGAUGACAUCCUUGACACACCCACCCCAACUGCAUCUCCCAUCCGAAAGCCUCCAAUGGUGUCCAUACCAGUUAUGCCUCGUCUGCAGGGCAUGCCUCGCCUCACCAGGGCACCCAACCGCUCCUCCCCAACCUCUCGUCCCGGACCAAUGCCGUUUGGUCCCAUCCUGCCAGGGGCUCAGCUGAUGGUUCAGAUUGCAGGCAGUGGAGCAGCAAGCAGUGGCUCUGGUCAACGUCCACCUCCACCCCUGGCCCUGAAGGGAAGCAUGAAGUCAAGUGCCUCAACCACCACCUCCAAUUCCAUCAAAACCACAGCCUCAGGGAACACUGCUGCAACCAACCUGGUGGCUGGAGGACAGUACCAAAUCAUUACACCUCAGGGGUCGGUAAAUACUAGCUUGGAGACACUUCAGCUCCUGGCAUCUGGCUCCACCAACUUAUCUAAGCUUAAGAAGCAGCAGAAAAGUUCUCUUGUGGACCCUGAAGAAAAAGACAGUAAGGCCACAUUAAGCCAUCAGAUGAGAUUCCUAGCGUGGCUGAACCUGCUGAUGACAGAUACAGAGGAGCAGGUGUCAGUGUCUUCAACUGGAGCAGAUGGCAAGGAGGUUGCCCAGAUGGUGCUGGACCAUGAAGGAAACCCAGAGUGGAAGUGCAAUUCAUGUGACUUUAGGGACAGUGAGCAAGAGACCGUAGUACAACACGUCAGCCUUGCUCAUACUCGUAAUGGACCCGUGUCACUCCUGCAUGCUGUGCACCGCUGUGAUGUCUGUGGCUAUGCUGCUGGAACCAAACGAGCUGUGCAGCUUCACAUUGACAGCAGCCAUGGUGGUCAGGGAGGCAUCACCAGCCGCUGUGAGGGACAAAACCCAGAUGCUAAGGAGUCUGCUGAUGGUGAAAAUUCAGAAUAUAAUGACAACGCUCGCACUUACCACUGUCGGCUGUGUCCCUUCACCUGUAAGAAGCGUGGCGAGAUGAAACCCCAUCUUUCUUACCAUACAGAGCGGGCUGACUGCAUCUUUAAGUGCAUGUUCUGCCCUUAUUAUGUCCCUACAAGAAGUGAACUAUUUGGACAUCUGCGGGUCCAUGGUAUGGAAGUGCCAUCAUCUAUCCAAGAUACAACUAAUAAGAACAGCAGCUCACCAGCUUCUUGCCAGGAUGAGAUAAAUGGGCCAAGGCAGUUCAUCUGUGGCUCUUGUCCCUUUGAAACUCGCAGUCGUGCUAAACUGAUGCAUCACAAGCAGUUCCACAAACCCAAAGGGCUGCCAUUCCGGUGCCCUCAUUGCACCUACAACGUUACCAGACGUCACUUGCUAUCACAGCACAUGCGUGUUCAUGGAUUGGACGACAACAUAGAGGGAAGUGGGAAUGGGGAUGUUCAUCAGAUUGAUGACAGAUCAAACUCCCCCUCACCAUCCCUCACCAUUACUCCAGUUACAAAUGCAGCAAGUGGAUCCACAGGAGAUGACAGAACACUGACUGACUCAUCCAACCUCCCCAAACUCACAGAUGAAUCCACUACUGGCAUGGAGGACAUUCCUUUGGUUUGGGUAUCCAGAGACCAUCGUUUCUUUAAGAUGUUUAAAUGUAGACAUUGUCCACACGUCAACUUGAGGAAAACUAAUAUUCAAGAACACGAAAAAAUGCACAAAACAGAUAUCAGUAAGGAAGCUGGAGGACUCCAUUGUCCUUACUGUUCAUAUGUAAGUGUUAAUGCUGGUGUCAUGUCUGCUCAUUUGAAGGUACAUGGAGGCUCAAUGGGACAGUGCCAUGCAGUUGUUGAUCCAUUAUUAAGUGAUGAAGAUCAGCUAAAGCAAUUAACGUCUAAAGCUCCAGCACCUACUGUGGCUCCUCAAACUCAGCCAGCACCAACCAGUUUGAAAAAUGAUGAAAAGAUUUUGUAUUACUGCCAGCAUUGUCCAGCAAGGUUUUUCUUAGAAAAGGAAAUCCAAAUUCACUCUCGGUUCCACAACACUAACCUGCCACACACCUGCAACCACUGUAACUAUGGCACUCGUCAGUCUGCACAUCUGCUGACACACCUCAAGGUCCACACUCCUGAGUACCAACAGCGUACUCGGUCCAUGAUGGGCCAGCACCGCACUGCCCACAAUUACCCUCCAGUUCCAGGAUUAACCAUUCCUCAUGAACUUGCUGCAGAUCUAUCUGGAGACAAAUGGUCUUCUAAGGAAGCAGGAGGAACAGGCCACCGUCCAUUUUCUGCUUCACCUCCACCUUCCUCAGGAGUCAUGCCACAGCCUCCACCCACCAGCAAGUACAUGUGUGAUCAGUGUCCAGCAACCUUCAGUAAAUUGGUGACCCUCCAAUACCACCAAUCCUUGCAUGGUACCAAGAAUCCUCACCCAUGUCCAAAGUGUACAUAUGCUGGGAAAACCUGGGACUCUCUUCAGCAGCACCUUUUGCUCCAUACUCAGCACGAUCAAAACUGCCAAGCAGAAAAAGCUACAAAAGAGGUUGCAAAGAAAGCAGAAACUCAGAAAGGCCUUGAUCCAAACUUGAGUUCAAAAACCUCACAGAAGACCACAGAAAAUUCAGUUGUCUCCAGCAUUCCUCCGAUUAAACUCAAGCUCAUUGGAUUGCGGCCAGGGGCAGCAGAAACCAGUGAUGGAAGUCGACCACAGUUCAAAUAUUAUGUUGAAGAGCAAGUUCCUUUGUCUGGUGUUGAUCUACUGCGUCGCAAGACUCAGAUAGAAAAAGGUGAUAGGCAGAUCAAUGAUGCAGAGUAUAUGGUAAGACCACUGAGCAAAAGUAAAGGUAGAGAAGGGAGGGAAGACUUGGAGGAGGAAGAUCCAAAAAGGAUUGGUGAUCCUCACCUCCAUUAUCCUCUUCACAUUGACAAAGUUACUGGAAAGUCCCGUGAGAAACGCUACAAAUGUAAUAAAUGCCCUUCUGCCUUCGAAAAAGUGGAGCAGUACACUGUGCACACAAAUCUUCAUGGCUCUAACCACAAGUACAGGUGUCGUAUUUGUGAUUACUCAGUCAAAUUCUAUGCCAACUUUAUGAUGCAUAUUAAACGUCACAAAUAUCAUGAAAGAAUGGUAGCUCAGACCACUGGAGCAGCUCCACCACUAGAGAGUGAUGUGAAGUAUGAACCUCUCAUCUCAAGGGAGAACUCUUCUCAGGGAGACAAGAUUGUGAGGACUCCAACAGAGGAUCACUCUAACAAAGAGAACUUAGAAGAGACUGACCUAACAACAAUUGAACGUCAACAUCUUUUAUUACAGAAUAAGAAAGGAGCAUCAGAGACUGCAAAGAAGGACGAUGAAAAGGAGAGAAGAGUUUAUUACUGCCAGUAUUGUCCAUAUGCAAACAUCAGACGUGAUGCAGUGGAUAGUCAUAGUUUGAGGCACCGUGCAAAUGGUGGAUAUGGGUCUUAUAAGUGCACUUUUUGUGAUUAUACCGCCUCUCAGCCCAAUUUCAUUCGUGAGCACACAAAGGUGCACUUCCGUCCUUUCAAAUAUGUCCAUCCAGAAGGGUUCAUGCGACAUGACAAGCAGGAGAUAUUUAGCACACCUAUUGGAUCUGGAGAUAAAGCUUCCAGUAAGUUGAAAGGGGACAGUGAAUCACAAACAAUUCAGAAAAAGUAUGUAAUAUAUUCUAAUGAAGUAGAAGAUAGUAAUCUUGAGGAGUCUGAUGGUGAAGAAGAGGAAAAUGUUGAUUCAGAGAUGGUGAAAAGUAUACAAGUUAAUUUUCACUCUGGAGACAUAGUGGAAGCGCCACUUGACUUUGUGAUCUCAUUACGGGCAAAAUCAAAAGUCAUUAACACUCAGGCAGAAUCAGCCGAAGUCGUCAUUAAUAAUACCACUGGAGUGACUGAGAAAGUGGAAGAUGUUACUCCUGAGGUUUCUGCUUUAAGUGGAGAAGCAAAUUCAAAACUAGUCACUAGUCAGGUCCCUCAAGAAGAUGAAAGUAUGGAAGUAGAUGAAAGUUCAACUGGUGUGAAAGAUGACAAGAAAGUUGAAGAAACAUUGCAAGAAGAUAUGGAUGAGUCAGCAGCUCCCUGUGAGGAUAAUGGAAUGGAAGUUGAUCCCCAACAAGACACUGACAAAUUACAUAAUGGUCAUAUUGAAGAAAAGGUUGAAGGGAUGGCAAAAGUUGCCUUAAAAAGUAAUGAAAAUAUUACAAGUCCUGAAUCCAAAGUUACCGAUGUGUCACAGCCACUAGAAAAGAAUAAAGAAAUCAGUCAGUCAGAAAGUUAAACAUAUCAGUGUGAUAGAUUGCAUAAAUAUAUGAAGGCUGUGAGUUGAUAUGUGAGGUAUGUGUAUGCUACUGAAGUGUACAAAAGACUAAGUUAAUUUAAAGAGUGUUAUAGUGUUUCACUUAAUUUAAACCAAUUUAUUACUAUGAUGGCAUUAUUUACAAUAUUUAAAAUGAUUCACUUAUCCCUGUUAAUUUUCAGGUUUUUGUAACCAAAGAGAACUACUGUUGAUCAGUAACACUAAAUAGCUUUGUCAGGAUUGAUUUUUCUUUCUUCUUUUCUUCUUCCUCUCUAAGCAACAUGUGCAUUUCCAGUGAAAAUGAGUAUUUAUAUUUUCAAUACUAGGUACUAUAAUAGUGUUGUACAUAAUAAUGGUUAUUGAUUACCCUUCACCAGAGUGUAUGUGACCUGGCACUGCUUUUUAGUGCUACUUGCACAGUUAUUAGGAAAGUGUGUGUGCGCAUACGUGCAUGCAUGUGUAUAUGUGUGCAUGUCAGAAAAUGUGAUUGAGUGACUUGCUUAUAAUGUCAGUUACCAUACUGAAGACGUGGGAGUGAAAAUUACAUGGUUUCCCUAAUUAUUGUAAAUUUGGAUUUACAAGUUCAUGAGAAUGUUUGUUACUUCAUAAACCAGCAUCACGUGGUGCCAGUGAACACAACCAGCAUAACUAUUCGGUUUGUGUAUCAGUGAUCUUAAAAUAAAAUUUUUGUUAAGGUAUUAAUGUGUUGAACUUGGCUUUAGUCUAUAAGAUGUUAGUCUGUCAUCUGGUUAUGGAGUUUUGUUUGUUGGUUUCAUUAGGGGAGUGUAGGUGUGUGCUGGUGUCCUUAGUUCAUUGUGGCCCUUCUGCAGCUCCAUGAUGCUCGCCACUUUUGUAAUGGGGAUUUUGUAAUAUAUUUUCACAUGAAUUUUAUGCUGAAAA